CGGGGAUUGAUCGAUAAUCCAGGAUUGACCAUGAAGGAACCAACUAGAUGAAAGCUGAAGACGUUUAUUUUUCGUUUUGGUUGCAUUGGGGAUUGAAUGGUCACUGAUUGCUGUCCUCGGCUGGGAUUGCAUAUUGGCCUGUCAGUGCUUCUUUUACAAUCAUGUUUAUUUCAUAAAGAUGGCAACGAGGGUCACCUUAUAAACUAAAUGACUGUCAGAAAUAUCGCCUCCAUUUGUAAUAUGGGCACCAAUGCCUCUGCUCUGGAGAAAGACAUUGGUCCAGAGCAGUUUCCCAUUAAUGAACACUACUUUGGUUUGGUCAAUUUUGGAAACACGUGUUACUGUAACUCGGUGUUGCAGGCUCUGUAUUUCUGCCGGCCGUUUAGGGAGAAUGUGUUGGCGUAUAAAGUCCAGCAGAAGAAGAAGGAGAACCUUCUCACCUGUCUGGCCGACCUCUUCCACAGCAUCACCACACAGAAGAAGAAAGUUGGGGUGAUCCCUCCUAAGAAGUUCAUCUCGCGUCUGCGAAAGGAGAAUGACCUGUUUGAUAACUACAUGCAACAGGAUGCCCACGAGUUCCUGAACUACCUGCUAAACACAGUGGCUGACAUCUUGCAAGAAGAAAAGAAACAGGAGAAACAAAAUGGUCGGCUAAAGAACAAUGGCACUGCCAUCCCCACUGAAACCGAGCCAGAACCGAACAAAACUGACUCCACGUGGGUUCACGAUAUCUUCCAGGGGACGCUGACCAAUGAGACGCGCUGUCUCAACUGUGAGACGGUCAGUAGCAAAGACGAAGACUUUUUGGAUUUGUCUGUAGAUGUUGAGCAGAACACUUCAAUAACACACUGUCUCAGGGACUUCAGUAAUACAGAGACCCUGUGCAGUGAAUAUAAAUACUACUGUGAGAUGUGCUGUAGCAAACAAGAGGCACAGAAACGCAUGUGUGUAAAGAAGCUACCUAUGAUCUUGGCUCUCCAUUUAAAACGUUUUAAGUACAUGGAGCAGCUGCAUCGCUACACUAAACUGAGCUAUCGGGUGGUUUUCCCGCUGGAGCUCCGCCUCUUUAACACCUCCGGGGACGCCAUCAAUCUCGACCGCAUGUACGACCUUGUCGCUGUGGUUGUGCACUGUGGCAGUGGGCCAAACAGAGGGCAUUACAUCACCAUUGUCAAAAGUCACGGCUUCUGGUUGCUGUUCGAUGAUGACAUAGUGGAGAAAAUUGAUGCGCAGGCGAUAGAAGAGUUUUACGGUUUGACAUCUGACAUUUCCAAGAAUUCCGAGUCUGGAUACAUCCUGUUCUAUCAAUCCAGAGAGUGAAGGAACAAAGUGGGAAAUAGAUUUGUGGAGGAAAGAGAGCGGCAAAUGCACAUGCCAUCCACUAAAUCCCUUUCUUCAUCUCAUACUCAGGGUCUCCAGUUUAGACUGGGUGCCAAAAGCCCUCUGGAACCCAUUUGCCAAACCUACUUUUCCCAGAAAUCCUAUUUUCCCAAUCACGCUGCAUUCUGGGUAAUAACAUACUUCAAUCUGACCCUCAAGUCAGUCACCUGCAUCUGGAAGGCACUUUAUAAACAAAAUCAAUAAUAAAUAACACAAAAGCAACACUAACCACAACAUAUUCAACUACAACACUCAUCAAAACUUGAAGGAAUUAAACGCUACAAAAGGAGCAAAAACAAGCUCCUAAGUCCUGGUACUCAAGCUAAUUCAAUUCCCAGGAAAGUGCCUCUCAUCCUGGGUGUACGAAACUAAGAGGGCUUCUCUCUUGAUCCCUGGUUUAGGGUUAGCAAUCAGAGACCCAGUUUAGGAUCACUUUAGAUGUUUUUGUACUGUGUUACACAUCCGUCAGUUUUAAUUUAUUAUACUCAUACAUUGAGUCCUAACAGCAUAAAGAGCUAAAGGGCAGUAUGCACUGUGUGAUUUAGGUAUGUUGUGGAUGGGAAUUUGGACUUGGGGGAAUGUUUGUGAGUGCAUUUGUUGUACGUAUUUCAGAAAUAAUAUUCAACAAAAAUGAUCCCAAGUUGUCACUAGGGCAGUACCCUUUACAAAGUUCCUAAUAUUGGUACCAUUCAGGUACUAAUAUGUACCUUUAGUGUACAAAUAUGUACCUUUUGAGGUGCUAGUAUGCACCCUUUGGUAGCGAUAUGUACAUCUGAGGUACUAACAUUAACUUUUUAGGUGCAAAAGUGUAUUUGUUUAAAAGGGCAGUGAGAGUAAGGAACCAUUUUUGACUUUUUUUGACAGCAUAUGUGCAUUGGAUUGGUAAACGUGAACUGCUGCUCUUUCACACAGAAAUAGGUUGUGCAACAAGUUAAAAGUUUGAACUAGUGACUAAAGUUUUUCCUGCCUUACAUCUUUUUAUCCUACUGAAAGGUCUGUUCUCUUCGGGUAACAAUGAAAAAGCCUAUUGUAGUCCAAAUGCUGCUUCUCUCUUCUUUCCUUUCGUUGUUUAAUUCUUACUUAUCACUGUUGUUAUCUAAUGUUUAUCAUAGGUAAUGUUCUUACAUUGAAGUGUGCUUUAGUAACCGCACAGUCAGCGCUGAUAGAGUUUAUCAGCUUUGCUGUUGUGUGCCCACCCAGUUUUGCGUGCCCAUUUGGCUUCUUCCCAGUAAGUGACAGUGAGACAUUCUGCAACUAUUCGACUUAGUUAAAAUUGAAAAUGAUUGAAAAUUAAGAAUAAUGUAGAAUUAAAGGUGCUCUAAGCGAAUUCACACGUUUUGGACCAUAAAACAUUUUUUGUUACAUACAACAAACAUCUCCUCACUAUCUGCUUGCUACCUGACCGCUGAUCAAACUGUAAAAAACGCGAUCUCUGUAGACAGCCCAGGCUCCACAAACUUCAAUAUAAACACAGUGGCCAAACCUAGCACCACGAAACAAAACAAAGUGUUCCAGCCAAUAAACGACAAGAAGGAUUUGGUGGUGGGGGUUGGGCGCGUUCAUGAAAGCACGGAGGGAGGGGGAGGAGUUAGCUACGCUCCAUUUGUUUGAAAACCGUUCAAACAUCAACAAAAAGUGACGUCUCUCAGAUUCGCUUAGAGUGCCUUUAAAAGAUUUGUCGAAAAGUAUACUUACCCGUACAUUUCUGCUUUGGUCGGGACUAAAGUAUAGUGCUCAGACUGCAAUUCAAAUCAUUUAAUGGGAGUGAGGUGACGUGGCAUUUUUAUUUAAGCAUUACCAACUCUUUCACACAGAUCUGAGAUACAUUUUUUUCAUUGUUUGAGUAGGAAAAACUUGAAAUGGAACUGCAGGAUCCCUAAGGUUAGUACUGUACUACGGUCAGUAAAGAUUUUAUUACAGGAUACAUGACUAUUGCAAUAAGAAUGUGCAUUUAUUUAUGGAUGACAUAAUGACUUUUUAAGAUUAUUUUAUUGUUGGAAGAGCAUCAGGUGUCAGAGGAAGUCUAUGGACGAACUUAACAAAUGGUUUAACGUCGUAUAAUGUCGUACAGAAUGGGAAAGCUUGCUGGAAGGUGCAAUACAGGGAACCAAUGUUCAUUCCACACUGAUGGUCUUAUUUGACAAAAUAAUGUUUUUAAAAACAUCAACAAAAAGUUGGUACUUCUAAUCAGUGUAUGAGUUUUUUUUUAAAGACCAUGCUGUUUUGUUUAGGUAUACAGUAUAUUUAUGGUAUUGGUGGUAUACCAUUUUAUAUAUGGUAAUUAAACGGUUUACACAGUAGGAUACUCUGAGUAAAUGAAGUACAUGAUUUAUUUGUACUUUUAUAGUGGUUAGAAAACAACUGUCUAACAGUUUGAGAUUAAAUGGAGAGGGAAUCUAGACUUAAAGAUAAUCCAUUACUCCACUUUUGCUCUAGAACUUAUCUGUUAAAAAAAGCUAAAAAUAUAUACCCCACUUGUCACUGGGGCAGUCCCCUUUAAAACUUUCCUAAUAUGUACCAUUGGGUUCAGACUUGUAUGCAUUUUGUCCCAAUAUGUAUAUUUGAGAUACUAAUAUGUGACCCUGGACCACAAAACCAGUCAUAAGUAGUAAUUAGUAAUAUGUGUUGCUAAUGACUUAAUUUGGAAAACUUUAAAGACGAUUUUCUCAAUUUUUGAUUGGAAUCCAGAUUUUUAAAUAAAUUAGCUGCCAAAUAUUGUCCGAUCCUAACGCAUCAUAUAUCAUGGAAAACUUAUUUAUUCAACUUUCAGAUAGAAAGGAAAUGUAUCUAACAUAUGAAUCUUUGAGGUAAUAACUAAUAAGCUCUUUUUGCUACCAUUAUGUAUUAAUGAGGUACUAAUAUAUAAACUCCUGGGGUUUCAUUUAUAAAGUGUGUGUACGCAUUAAACAGGGCUGGAAAUGUGCAUAUGCCAUUUCCCACACAAAAAACAAACUUCCAGGAGAAUGGGCUUGAAGAGUGGGAUCUGGGGUCUCAUUUAUAAAACUGUGCGUAGGAUCCUUACUAAAAUUCUAAGUAUGCACAAAAGCCAAAAAUGGCAUGCGCUAAAAAAUAUUAAAACUUAUAAAAUAAAGAAAUGUUCCCUUUAAAUAAUAAAGUGUGUAUACAUGAAUUAUCCUCAGAUCCCACCCUUAAAGCCCAUUUUCCUGUCAAGUUUGUUUUUUAUAGAUCACAACCUUUGCAUGGGAAAUAAGGUAUGCACGUUUCCAGACCAGUUUUGAGCGUAUGCACGCUUUAUAAAUAAGAUCCCUUAGGUGCAAACUUGCACUAUUUGAAAGGGUACUGCCACAGCGACAACUAGCGUACGUAUUUUGACUUUUUUUUACAGUGAGCUCUGUAAUACUGUGACUUUACACUCCUCAAACACAUUGUUUAUUACAUUGUAACAUAUGUAUUUACAUGAAUGACUCGCUACAUGCAAUAUAGUGUGUGUGAUCACUGUGUAACAACACAAUGUGAGACUGACUAUGCAUUGUUUUUUUAAGUUAUUUGUCCUGUUUGUUAAACAGAUGCUGACUGACUUAGUUUUUGGGUGGUAGGUUUUUGCAUUUGCAUUGUUUUACUUUUUAAGUGUGGUGUAGAGAGCGCAUGUGGGGGUUUUAGUGGUUCUACAACUACAUUUAUUUCCAUAUGCCCACUUUUUUAUGUUCUUUUGGUUUGGAUUUGAGAUCAAAAUGUGCCAAAAUUACUAUGGGAAAUUCUCUCAAAAGAGAGAAAUAAAUUGUCACUUGUAUGUCAUGAAACUGCAUAUAAACAAUAUGCAGACAUAUUGGUUCAAAAGAAGUUAUACUUUUCUAAUCAUUAAAUAAUACUAUUAAAAAGAGGACCUAUUAUUAUGCUAAUGAAGAAAUUGAAAGCUGUUAAGACUCUCUCCCACACUCAGAAAAAAAGGUACAAAAGUUGUCACUGGAAUGGUACCUUUUAAAUAGAUCCUAAAAUCUACUAUUUUGGUACAGAUAUACCUUUGAGGUACCAAUAUACAAAAGUGUACUGUUUGAAACGGUACCACCCUAGUGACAACUUAAAUUCGUGUACCUUUUUUCUGACAGAAAGACGUGCUUUCAGGCAGGUCCGUUAUGGUGAUUGGGUCAAUUAAAGUUACUUUUGUAGAAUAACUUAUGAUGAAAUCAAUGAUUUGUGCUUACAUUUCAAUGAGAAGUACUGUAACUGCUUAAUACUGUGGAUUGAAUCCAUACGCACAUACAUAAACAUCUCUGUACGUUCGACGGUUAAUGAAUCAUUUUACACAGUUAUUACAAUUACACACCUUAUAUGCAAAAACGCACCUGUGUAUGUUUUGUCCUCUUUUAAUAUGAGUGUGUAUUUUUGUACGUCCACAGAGGAGAUGUCUAAUGAUGUGUUUGUUUGUGUCUAAGAGAGACAAACCAGGACUUAAUCUCUAAUGGAAAGUGUGAUAACUGUAAGUGCACUUUAUCAUAGCAGAACCAAAAAGGGUUCUCCUAGGAACUGAAAUCCUGAGACUUUUGGUUUAUUUUCCUCUCCUCAAUAAAUAAAAUGCAACUUUA